CAUUAUAAAACUACUCUGUAGUCUGUUUUGUACUAACAAGUGUCAUCGCAGUCAAAAAUGAACUAAAAUAAUAAUGUUUGAAAUUGACAAUGACAUUGACUUACAGCGAUGGCGAAUAAUAACGAGAAGAGAUCGAAUUAUCCGUGUUGCGGUGCUGGUUGAUAAUUUGACAUUGUUUUGAAUUUAACUUACAUCAAUGCAUUAAAUAUUAAAUUUUAUUGUAUGGCAUUUACACUUGCAUUGAUUGAGAGAAUGCUUACUCAUUGUGUGUGGGAGGAUUCACGAAAACAAUUAUUGCGUUAUGCCAGGUCCAUAUUGCAGAGAAGGGCAGCGGUGAUCACAAGCCGUCACAAUGCAGGCAAAAACCAAAAAAAUUAUUGUAUUCGGCCUGGGUGCCUUCCUUUUUGUGUUUGGAUUGGUUCUGGGAGGAUGUUGGUUCCUGUUGUUCAGCACAAUCCUAAAAUCGAAGUUGGUCCUCUCACCGACGUCUACAAGUUAUGACAUGUGGAUUGAAACUCCCAUACCUAUGUACAUGGAAUUCUACCUCUUCAACUGGACGAAUGCUUACAUGUACGACUUGAACUUCCCAGUAGCAAACAGAACCAAGCCAGAGUUCAAAGAGCUGGGGCCGUAUGUUUUCAGUGAACACAAUAAAAGAGUAAAUCUCACCUGGAACAGCAACGAUACUGUCACUUUCCAGCAAACAAGACAGUAUGUUUUUCGUCCUGAACUUUCAAGUGGUUCUAUUGAUGAUAAAGUCACUACCGUCAAUGUCAUUGCUGUGGCAGCAGCCUAUUUUUCUAGGUAUGAUAACAUUUACUUCAAGAUUAUUAUGGAUGGCUUCCUGGAAAAGUUGGAGUCUAUUUCGACGACACACACUGUGGGGGAGAUGCUGUUUGAUGGCUACGAUGACAAACUUAUUGAUCUCGCGACUGAGUUGCACAUUCAGAAGUUCAAACUACCCUUCAAGAAAUUUGCGUGGUUCGCUGAGCGCAACAACUCGGCGAGCUACGACGGGUGGUUCAACAUGCACACGGGCGCGGGCGACGUGCGGAACCUGGGCAACCUGUACGCAUGGAACUACGCCCCCCGCACGCCCUACUACAAGUCCACCUGCGGGCUCGUGAGGGGCUCCACCGGCGAGCUCAUGCCCCCCGUGGACGGGCUCGACGAGAUCUUCGUGUUCUCGCCCGACCUGUGCACGUCGCUGUCGCUCGUCAGCCAGGGGGACUACGAGACGAAGGGCGUGGUCGGGACCAGGUUCAGCGCGGACCUCAGGAACCUGGACAACGGGACGUACUUCCCGGAGAAGUCCUGCUACACGAGCGGCACUCCGGUGCCGGCGGGCGCCCUCAACAUCUCCCUGUGCAAGUGGAACGCCCCGGCGUUCGUGUCGUACCCGCACUUCUACCUCGCGGAUGAGUCGUACCGCGGCGCCGUGGCGGGCAUGAGGCCCAACAAGUCCCUGCACGAGUUCUUCCUGGCCGUGGAGCCGAAAACUGGUAUACCUUUGGCAGUGAGAGCACGCAUGCAGCUUAAUAUAUUACUUCAACCAUACCAGGACAUGAAGAUGUUCAAGGACUUGCCGCGUGUCUUCAUCCCCACCCUGUGGUUCACGCAGAAGGCCGACAUAGACGACAGCCUGGCGUCCACGGCCAAGCUGGUGCUGUCGGCCCCUGUGAUCGGCUGGGGCACUCUGUUCGGCCUCUCCGCCGUCGGCCUGCUGAUCCUCGUGGUCGGCCUGGUGGUCACAGUGCGGCACGGCUGGGACCGCGACGACACUCGGGAGCUCAUCUCCAAGAGGCGCAACAAGAACUCUUCCCCCACCCCUCCGCCAGAGACGUAGCGGUUCCCGUGGACGGCCGCUUGCUGCUCCGACACAGCGCCUCACCUCGCCUCGUCUCGCAGAGACUUCCCUGUGGCUCAUCGUGUCUACUGUGGACUGAGUCGCGCCGUGAAAACAAUGACGUAGUGUAGUAUCUGUUGGAUGGUACCUUUUACAAUUUUAAAUUAAUCAUAGAUGGUUUUAUUUAAAAAGUGGCUAUUUAAGUAACUGGCGUGAAAAAUAUUUUUCCAUACAUAGAAUAACAAAAAAAAAUUUUUUUUUUAUGUUAUCACUUUUAUUUAAAGUUAUACAUUUUAUAAAUCAAGUUUUUUUGCAUGUUGCAACAUUUUUUGUUUUUUCUUGACUCUAGAAAUAUUCUAUAAAAAGGUUUUGAUGUAAGUUAUGCUAGAAGUACUACACAAUUUAUAUUUGAUCAAUAUUCACAUCCUUUAUCUGUUGUUCACAUGUAGGCAAAGAUGUGCAAAUUGUAAUAUUAUUACUUUUAUACCAAAUUUUCAGCACAAUCUUCUACAUAAAUCUAUCAGUAUUCAUUCUCUGCACACCAUUUUGGAUGUAAAUGUUGUAAAUAGGUCUGUAAGCUCUCUGCAAUAUUGUAAAAAAAUGUUAUUUAGGAUUAGGAUUUAUUUCUGAAGUCUUUGACUAGCAUUGGAUCCGUGUGCCAUCUGAUUGCAGGAUAUUCACUGUAAAAUUACGUUUUGACGAAAACUGGAGAAAACCUUGCUUUAUGAACACUCCUGGAUCAGUCAUUCCGACAUGUCGCAGAAUUGUGCCUAUUGAAGUUCAUUUUUGAUAAAUGCUACUAUGCUAGUCAGUUUCACUUGAAAUUAUAUUCCAUAGAAAAGGUUAACAUUGUUUUAUUCUAUAAUUUGUGAAUUUUCACUUAUUUUACAUUUAGUCUUGUGGUUACAGCACACUAUACUACAAAAUUUUGCUGCAUCAACGGAAUGGCUAGUGCUGAUAUUUUAGAUUUACAGCCUAAACUACCAUUUGAUAAUUUCAUAAUUUGAAACCUCCCGGGACGCAGUGUUCUGAGCAGCUUCCAAAGUGCACGACAAAAGAGAAAAGAAGGCAAAGCUGCAGAAAGUCUAUUCAGGUUUAGGCAGCAGAUAAUGGCUAAGUGUGUGUAUCUGUGUGUGUUUGGGGGGGGGGGGGGGAGGUGGCUAAACUGAUUAAUGAACCAUUAACAGCAUUUUAAAUGUACUUCAAACUAUUUAUUUAUGAUCGCACCAAAAUUUAAGAUUACAAGAAAACACCUCAAGAUUUCUUUCAAAAAGCCAAAGUUGUAUAUUAGGUUGUGCAUAGUGAGCAUUACAAAAAAAAUGUAAGAACGUAGCACAGUAUAUUGAAUGGAUUAUACUAAAACAAAAUUACUUUAUUAUGUGACCGCAACAAAACAAUCCAGGCUAAUACAAAAUACUGUUGAAUGUAAUACAAGCAAGUCACACAAAAAACUCUUUAUCUUGUGCACAACAAACAGAUGAAAUAGGGGUCCAAUGUAUUCGGUACUCGUGCAAAUAUACAAGAACAAAGAGAGGUAGAGCUAUACCAAAUCAUCACUAGCAAAGACAUAAAAUCAGAAAUAUAUGAUAAUGCCCAGCAUGUUACAAAGGGUGGGGGGAAGUAUGUGAUGCUAAAUAUUCGCAUGGGUGCGACAUGCCUAAGCAUAUGGCAAAGAAACACUAUCAGGCUGUAUAACUACAUAAAUUAGCUACAUAAUUUAUACAGUGGCAGAAUGAAUAGGAAUUUAGAAUAAAUGUUACUCAAAAAUUGUAGUUGUAUUAAUCAGUACAGCCACCACGUACAAAACAAUACCACAAUAGACCCAGAUGUGCGUGCCGUGCUAACGAGAAAUCAUCAAGGACCUGAACCUUAUCAAAGCCGUGCCGUAGCGCUCCGUGCAUCGGCGCGGAGGCACACGAGGGGAAGUGGCACUGCGCUCGGGAGUCUUCAGAAAUGUCGAACGAGUCCAUCGUACCGUUUAAAACUUUUGAAAAUGGUUAUGGGUUUCUGCAAGUAGGAGACGUUUUCCUCCAAGUUUUUCACAUAUAUUUGCAAGUCUUCACGUAACCUUAUGAUCCACAGCAUCCUGCUGUUCCAGAUACGUACUGCACAUUCGUAACUGCAGCAGUGAAAUCUCAUUAUAACAGGUGUUAAAAACCCACACUUUUGGCUCUCAAUAACGUAAGUGCUAUAGCCCGUCCCACUCUUAGAUUGCAGUACACGGCUUAUGGCGCGCGCUGUUGCCAAAUCUCUAACACAUUACGAAUUUCAGGAGAUGCGUGUCUUUGUAAUUUGGAUCGAACAAGAAGCAUUUUAAGAAAUCAUAUCGUAAUUUAUAAUAUGUUAUACUAUUACACAUAUAAAUUUGUAAUAAUGCCACUUUUAUGUAAAUUUCAAAUAAAAACUUCCUAUUGUAGACGAAAUUUUCUUAUAGUUUUCUUUUCUGUUCUAAAA